CUUAAAGAAGAGAGAGAGGAGAGAUUACGGGUUACAUAUAAUCAGUUAAUCACAAAUAUUAAAGAAAUGUGUGUACUGUGUACUACAGUUUAGCGCCAUUUGUACUGCAUAAAGACCCCCCACGUACAUACAUACACCAAACCAGAGAGACUUACAUUAGAAGAAAAAACUAUGGCAACCUCUGCAUUCUUACAAAGAAGUAGAACAUCGGAGGAGAUGAAUCAGGUAAGAAAGCCUCUGUAAAUCCUGUCUCACAAGUUUUCCUCUUCUCUAAAACAAAUAAAACUGUUUUUGCUCUUCUCUGGCUCGCUCGCUCUAGGUCUUAUCAUUUACAAAUUCUUAUGUACUGCAGAUAUACGACCAUUUCUCUUCUAAUAACUUGCUGUGACCUGUGAUUCCCUGAACCUCUUUAUUUUUUAAUCUUCAAGCAUUUUAAUAUUCAAUAUUAAUGUUUAAUUCUGCAGCUUCAUUGCAUUGUGCCAUUCUUAAUUUGUUAUAUAUUACUGCGUCAGGGGUUGACUUUAGGCUAAGGCUACCUUUUCCUAUAUAUAUCAUUGUCAUGAUCAUCUUGUUAACUUAAUUAGGGUUUUAGACAUUAAUUGCAGUUCUAAGUUUAACUUAGGACCAUCGGUGGUAGGAAAGAGCACAAGCCUCUUUUUUGUUCCUCUUGCCGUCGUAUAUAUAUGUCUUCUCAACCGAAUCAUCAGACUUCAAUAUCAAGUUUACUCCAUGAUCGCUUGCAUAUCCCUCCUGCAGAAACAAUCGUUGAGAAAGAGUCUGCAGAGAAGGACACUUGUCAAUCACAAAGAAAAAGGAAAGAACCAGUUUUGCAUGAGGUUGAUGGCUCAAGUAGUGGUGCAGCAAAGAAACAAGACCAUAACGCUAAGGAGCGUUUAAGGAGGAUGAGACUUCAUGCCUCUUACCUCACUCUUGGCACUCUUCUUCCUGACCAUUCUUCUUCUUCUUCAAAGAAGAAAUGGUCUGCACCAUCUAUAAUCGAUAAUGUAAUCACUUACAUUCCCAAGCUACAGAAUGAAGUUGGAGAGCUAACUCUAAGAAAGCAGAAGCUUGUGGAGUUAGAGAGACGAGGUCCUUCUAUUCGAGCAAUCUCGGUUCUUGAAUUGGGGGAAUCAGGUUAUGAGGCUGUUGUACAGAUAUGCUUGAAGAAAGAAAACGAAGAUGAGUUCUCCAACUUGCUUCAUGUAAUGGAGGUGCAAGGUUUGAGUGUUUUAAGUGCUUCUACUUCUCAAGUUUGCCGAGAGCAAAGGGUGGUUUGCUACAACUUCCAUGUCAAGGUACUGUGUCUCAUCUUAUCUUCUUCAUUUCUCUUUAGUUUAUGUUUUGAUAGAAUGGAGACAAUGUGCUAGUCUUCAUGGAUAUGAACAAUGAUGUAACUUUUCUUCUCCAAACAAUACAUGUUUAGGGUCCAAGUCAUGGGAGGAUUGUGUUUUAACUUUAGCUAAGCAUUGAGAUUAUGUUAAGAUUAUAUAACGUUUAGAAAAGAUAUAGGACUAAUGGUUUAUCAUUAAGUUCAUAAACCAAUGGUUUUUGUUCUUAAGAUAUAUUGAUUCUAUUGGUGGGAGAGAGACUGUUUCGACCUCAAUGAACCUGGAUUUGAGUGUAGCAUUAUGUAUAAAGAGGGAUGAUUUACAUAUAUUUGCAUGUAUUAUCAAUGGCUGAUCCUAGAUCUAUGGACCAAAAACACUAAACUAAAUUCAAAAUUAGUUUUUAGCAAUUCGAUAGUAUGGCACUAAAAAGUCAUUGGAUAGUAUUUACAUAUAUACAUUGGAUGUUCUUUUUUGAGAGAACUAACAAUUGCAAAAUGUAUAUGGGAAAGUGUAGAUGGAUGAGAAGCCAUGUGAAGGUGAUGACUACAUCACAGUGUUAAAGAACAACAUCAUUUCUUCGCUUCGUGACAACACAAAGUGCAAAUGAUAUAUAGUGAGGUAUAGAAUCAACAGAAUAUCUUUGAUGAUGCAUAUCGCAACUUAUAAUAUUCCUCUUCUUGCUUAGAUCAUGUUUGGUUUCGUGUUGGGAAUCUCAUAAAUCAUAUAUAGAUGUAGAAGUUAUGUUUAUCUCCCUAUGGUAAACCUCUUCUUAGUAUGCCUCAAGAUCACGAUUUACAUGCUCUAGUACCCGAUCCGAGAGGAUUAUCUACCAAAGGCCCAUAACUUGUAAUCCAAAUAGAAAUUUCUUUGCGAAGCUAAAACUCAAGUUUUCCAAAACAAGUUGUUAGAAUGCCGACUAAAGUUUCUUUAUAUAGGUUUAACAAGAAAUGUAUAACCUAAAGAUUUGAUCCCAUGGCAUAAAAAAAAUAAUAAUUAAAAACAUGGAAGCAAAAUAUAUACAACAGAUAGACUAUGAUCUUGCAGUCUAAAGGUGAGACCACUCUUUGAUGGACCACAACCUCAACUUUCCGAAUCAGCCGGCUUUUGUUUCAGGAGCCAAGAGAAAGACACAACAACCAAAUCAAAAAUGACAACACGGCUCCAAAAGAAUAUGGAGUUUGGCAAGGCUUACCUUUGCUAUAAAUAAGUUGAGCAUUGGACUUGAAAUAACUUUGUCUAAUGAAUUCUUACUUGUAUUUUAUAAGACGAAAACGUAAAUCUUGCAUUAAGAAUUCAUACAAAUUUUCAUAAUUGAUAAAAUUCUUACAUUAUCGUACUAGAAAUCGGAAAUGCAUUCCACCAUUAUGCGUGUUAGUACUA